UGCAGCCUGUCCAGCGGUGUGUGUCUCCCUUUCUCUCUCUCUGUGUGUGUGUGAGUGUAUGAUUGUGUGUGUCCGCCACAGCCAGCGGUGUUGUACGGUUCCCCUCCAGCGGCCGUGGGUGCACUUCAGACGGGGACGGUGACUCGUCCGAUAUCGACUGUGAGAGUUCAUGUGCCUGAGAGUCUGACACGCACCCGUCUGUCCAAUGGCUGCCUCGGGCUCCACCUCUUAUGCCUCCAUCACCUCCGAUGUGCCUGAGGGUUUCCACUAUGAAACCAAGUACAUCGUGCUCACCUACCUGGGCAUGCUGCCCGUCGGUAGAUCACACACACUAACCCCAGCUCCAGAAGACGCCCAGAAUGAGAGGGAGAAGACGAGAAUGAUAAAAGAACGGAUAGAGGAAGAGCUGAGGCAACUGGACGAUGAAAUGGCUGCCUCCUUUUCCAACGCAGGCUUCAACCGCGGCUCGUCACCAGUGUUCAGUCCAACCAACCCGGAGAGCUUCAUCGAGGACUGCCUCGCUGUGAUGGGGAACCGGGUGGUCCGAGAGCUCGGCGCAUCCCUGGCGGCAGCCGUGCAAUCGCUCCUCACAGGGCCUGUGGAAUAUCAGGGAUUCAGAGACACAGCACUGGCGCUUUCAACACACAUACAGGGAGGCUGGAGCAAGGUGUUUGUGCCUCUGGUGCUGCUCCAGGCUUUACAGAGCGAGGGCCAGUCCGUGACAACUCUGCUGCAUCUGGGGAUUCACCUGCUAGAGGAGGAUGAAUGUGACUACAUCCUCCAGCAGGGGGGGUGGGGUGAAAUAUUCAGGCUCGGGUCCGAGGAGGAGCGAGGUGUGACCAUCGCCGAAGACAACAACGACAUCUACAUCCUGUCGGGGGAGCAGCAUCCCGACCAGCUCAGCCCUCCUGCGUCGCUGCUCUGCGCUGGAGACAACAGCAGCGGGCCGAGCUCCUGGCAGACGGAAAGCUUACCCGUGUCUCUCGCCGGCCACGAGUCCUGGGCGCAGGUUGCGAUGGACCCCGAAGACGUGAAGAGCCUGGACAGCAACGACGGCGUGGCCCUGGCCGAGGAGCGCAGCGAAAACAAUUCGUCAAACUCUGACAUUGUCCACGUGGAGCGCGAGGAGGUGGAGCUGCUGGAGGAAGGCGGAGCAAUAGAUGAGAGCAUGAUAAGCGUCAUAGGCACCGAAAGCGAGCUGGCCGAGCUCCGGGAGGAAUUUAGCAACCAAACUCCACCUGUUUCACUUUCUGCAGAGGUGGACUCCACAGCCCCAGCCUCCUUGAUUUCACUAGAGGAGCCCGUUGUCAUAGAGACGCCUACAAGCUUGUCCGCAGAACCUUCCCUCAUCUCCUCAGAACCAGAGCUGCCUCCCCCGGUCGUAGAAGCUGCUGCUCCUCCUGCAGAGCCAGAACCUGCAGAACCUUUACCUGUUCCUGCUGCUGAACCAGAGCCUGAGCCAGAACCAGCCGCUGCACCAGUGCCUGCUGAGGUGACACCCCCACCUGCAGCCAGCGAGACCCCCGAGGUCACAUCAGAGCCAGCACCCGAACCAGAGCAGGAGGCGGAACCAGCUGCAGUGCCUCCCCAGCUAGAGGAGCCAGAGACUGUGGCAGAACCAGCUGUGGUCCCCGUGGCGGCCCCUCUGGUGACGGAGGAGGCAGCGGCCCCUGUAGAAGCCCCAGUGGCCCCUGUAGAAGCCCCGGCUGAGGAGCCUCCCGUGGAGCUGGAGCAGCCGUCAGAGAUCUCCACGCUGCUGUACGGUGGCGCUGCGCUGGUGGCACUCGCUGCUAUCGUGACCUACAGCUUCAUAAGCUACAGGAGGAAGUAGAACGGAGAAGCGUCUUUCUCCGGGGAGAGGAAUGCACAUUCUAAGAUGUUGAAGUAGUAAUUAAUGUAUUAGUAAACACAUGGUGGGACUCUCCUUACAAAUUAUGUUGGAUCUAUCAAACGAGGCCGAUCUGUUUUUUUUAUCUUUGGUUUUUGAAGGUUCCACCUCAUCCUCGUCAUGACCUCUCCUCGCUGCUUCACUCCACCAGGCACACACACAGAAAGGGGAGAAGGAUGCACUCCUACUUGUUCCCUAAUUUGUUCCUUAGUUUAAAUUUGUGAAAAUCCAGCGCUUAAUCCUCUGAAAUUCAAAGUGUGACUUUUAUCCCUGUUCUGUUACUUUCAGUUUCUCUGUCGUCUGCAGCUUUUGUUUGUUUUGGGCCAUUUAACUCAGUGUUGGCUAAAUGGGAAAUUCCAUGACCCUCAGCGAAAGAAAAACUUCAAAUAAACAAAGGGUUAACAUUUAUUAUUGCUGAGUUCAGGUUUUCUAACGACUAUAACUGUUCCCUCUAACUGUGAUGAGUAAUUCUGAUACUUCCUCUGGUAAACAAACCAAAUGUAUGAUACGGAAAUUCACUGCGAGACAUCUGGAUUGCACAACAGACAUCUUAGUUUGGAUUUGAUUUUUUCAUCUUGCACAAGGGAUCUGAAUCCCUAAUGCAGCAUGUUUUGAUUGUUCGUGACUUGAAACAAAGGUUUUGCCCAGGGAUGGGUUCAAGUAUUUUAAUGUCUCCCAAAGUUCAGUACUGUACUGCUGCUGCAUUAAACAUCUCUAGGUACAGUCAUGUGAAGUCCCACAUAAAACAGUGUACAGUAUUAAUUCUUGUUAAGGGUUUUUCAGAUACUGGAGGGAUGUUCCCACAUUAAAAUACUCAACCUGCUCUAAGGGAAAGUGUGAAUGUACAGAGCAAGAUGGAUUCUAAAGACACUUUGUACUCUGACUUUCCUGAAAUACACUGUUUGAAAUUGAAAUGUGAAAAUAAAAAAAGUUCAGGUGAAAAAGAC